UGACUCCGACUCAGACGCAGAUUUUUAUGGCACCAUAGAGAGACCCAUGGAAAUUAAACACGCUGUUGAAACAGCAGAGGAUGAUUAYGUUGAUGAGGAUGAUGAUGAAGAAGAUGAGGAAGACUAUCUGAAGCCAGACGGUGAUGGCUCACCAACAWCUGCAGGUCGACCCACCGGGCCGCCUCCCUCCUACCCUCCUCCCCCGGUGCCAGCUACUCCGCUCCGUCGAGAAUCCAGUCCAAACAUCCAGAAAGCCGUGCCUCCACCUGUUCCUGGCCAACACAGAAACCCAACCAGCCCUCUCCCCAAAAAGCCCUCCAUCCCUCACCAGCCCCUGCAGAAGGAACAGAGUAAAGGUCCGCCCCCUCCGCUGCCCUUUGCCCCUCACCUGCAGAAGUCGCCGUCUCCGACUCCUCCUGCUCUUCCUCCCAGCUCCUUGAAAGCUGCUCAGAACAGGACGAUCUCUUUGGGGAAUACUGCCAACGAUCGGAGAGACCUGAGGUCCCACUCCACGGUCCAGGUCCACUCGCCRGCCACGCUGCCCAUCUGUGACCAGCUGCACAACAGGAUGGUCCUGAACGGCCCGGUCAGCAGCUCCCCCAACACCGGCAGUACCCAGUCUCUGGGAAACCACUGCCUUCGGACCAAGCCCUCCUUACCAGUGCCCCACACCGAAGUUAACCUGCUGUCCACUAGUGCCCCAUCGCUGCCUGCCAAACCGCCGUCGUCUCCGCUACUCAAGUCUGGACUUCACAACAAGCCRACGGCACCGAAACCGCCUCCACCGACGGCCAAACCGCCGCAGCCUCUGGACAAGCCAAAGUCUCCGUUUCAGUAAGUCCCUUCAAGGAACAACAGGAACAUUUAA